AACCAUUUUUCCUGGUUGCCCACUAACCCUAAUAACCUUUCCUCCCCUCUCUCUAAUAUUGCUUGUCUCUCUCUUGCUUUUGGUGGCCACUAGUACUUUGCCAUUUCUUUUCUUUUCUUCUCUAAUGCUAGUGGUUCUCUCUCUUUCUCUAUCUCUCUCUUUCUCUCUCUUGCAGUUCUAUGCUUAAACUUUAUUUGAGGGGUCUGUACAGGUUAGCAGCUAAACAGGGGUAAAAGUUUUAGCAUGGGGAGAGAUGGACAAAGAAAUUAACCAAGAAAUCCCAUCUCUCCUCCCUAACAAUAACACCACCGCCACCAACAAGGAAGACUCUCCAAUUAGGAAACCAUUUGCUGCUGCUGCUGCUGCUGCAAGCAAUGAUAGAUUGAAAAGAGAUGAGUGGAGUGAAGGAGCAGUUUCAACCCUUCUUGAAGCUUAUGAAGCCAAAUGGGUUCUACGAAACCGAGCCAAGCUCAAGGGCCACGACUGGGAAGAUGUUGCACGCCAUGUUUCAUCGCGUGCCAAUUGUACCAAGUCCCCCAAAACACAGACUCAGUGCAAGAACAAGAUCGAGUCAAUGAAGAAAAGGUACCGUUCAGAGUCUUCCAGUACUGCUGAUGCCUCUUCUUGGCCACUAUACCCACGUCUUGACCUUUUGCUGCGUGGAAGUGGACCUUUACAAGCUCCUCCUCCUCCUCCUCCUCCACCACCGCCGCCUCCGCCGCCGCCACCUCCUCCUCAUCCACCUCCACCAAAUGCUCCUCUAAUGUUACUAGAGCCAUCCCCAGCAGCGGUGCAACCGCCGCCUCCACCUCCACCGCCACCUUCACAACUUGGAGCAGCUCAAAACUCGCAUGGAUCCAAUGGUAUUGACAGAGCGGUCAAGGAAGAUGAAGCAGGAACCAAAUUAUCCGACCAAGUAUCCGACAAGAACCGUAUGGAAACAGAUAGCAGCACACCUGCCCUUUAUAGUGACAAGGACAAGACAAGGUCCAAAAGGAUGAAAACGAAAAUGGAAAAGAAGAAGAAGCGAAGGAAGGAGGAAAUGGAGAUAGCCGAAAGCAUACGAUGGCUAGCAGAAGUAGUGGUGAGGUCAGAGCAAGGAAGGAUGGAGACGAUGAGGGAAAUAGAGAGGAUGAGAGUUGAGGCCGAGGCAAAGAGAGGAGAAAUGGAUCUCAAAAGAACAGAGAUUCUUGCUAAUACCCAGUUGGAGAUUGCUAGACUCUUUGCAGGCAUAGGCAAAGGUGUCGAUUCUUCAUUGAGAAUUGGAAGAAGUUGAUGAGAAUUCUAAAGUAUCAUGUAUGUAUAGAUUAUUGACAUGUAUUAACACUGAAAAAGGAAUCAAAAGAAGGGAGCUUUCUAGAGAUGAAAGUCUUGAAGGUGAUCUAAGUUGUAAUAUUAGGAUAAAUGUUUAAAGAAUCACAUGGUAGGUAAGGUAACAUCUUUACCUCAUUCUACUGUUCCCUUUCUCUAAGCAAUGCAGUACUGUUUCUUCAGGGAAA